AUGGAAACUCCUAGCGGUGAAAUUAGCCUUCAAUAUAUUGAGACACUUCUUUUGAAAUUUCCCUUUCUUGAGAAGAUAAACUUGUCAGUCUCUUAUAAAUCAACAGAGCUGAAAAUCUUGAGUCACCAACUCAAGGCAUUAACAUUGAAUUUCCAAGAUGACACUAUGAUAAAGAAGAUCAGCAUAGAGACUCCCAACCUUGUUUCUUACAAACACGCCGGUCAAGAACUUCAGCCGUCCUUUUCUUUAAAUUCUAUGAAGCUAGAAUCCUAG